CCUGCCGUGAUUCCAGCUACUAGCUUAGCUGGCAGUUUUGUGAAUCAUCAACAUGGACUAAACGCACUCCGACUGUUAUCUUUCACAUGGCAGGGCGGUGGAAAAGCAAUUUAUGUGACGGUUACAUGAGUGGAAUAAGCCCCCGUCCUCAGCUUCACCACAACAGGUCAGACUGGAAAAAGAGAAGAGAAGGCAAGCUGUGAACAUGGAAGCUGUAUUUCCCUCUCUCCUCCUCACAGCUGGCCAGCUGCCCUGGUUGCUCCUGACUCUGUUAACAUCGUGGACAGUCUUGUGUUCAGCAGAUAUAAAGCAGACAAGAUGGCCAUUAUAUUCCCAGAAGCCAGUUCUUCUUGCGUGGAAUGCCCCAACACAGGAGUGUGCCCCGCGGCAUGGCGUUACUUUAUCUCUGGAUCAGUUUGACAUUGUGGCAUCUCCCAAUGAGGGCUUUGUCCGACAGAACCUCACAAUUUUCUAUAAGGAGCGCCUUGGGUUGUAUCCCUAUUAUGAGCGAGGUGGCACUGCAGUGAACGGAGGCCUUCCACAGCUUGCCAGCCUCACUCAACAUUAUGACAAGAUGCCUGAAGGUUUGCAGAAAUACAUACGUGAGCCAGACGCAAAAGGUUUGGCUGUGAUUGACUGGGAGGAGUGGCGCCCACUGUGGAUCCGAAACUGGGAUAUUAAAGAUAUCUAUCGAAAUAAAUCCCGUGAAAUGGUGGCCAAAAAGAACCCCAAGUGGACCCCAGAACAAGUGGGGAAAGUUGCGCAGCAGGAAUUUGAGCUGUCAGCUCGCAAAUUUAUGCUGGAAACUCUGAAAUUUGCCAAGAAUUUGAGGCCCAAUCAACUGUGGGGCUUCUACCUGUUUCCGGAUUGUUACAACCACGACUACAGGAAUGGCCUGGAGAACUACACAGGCCGCUGUCCUGCUGUGGAGACGGGCCGCAAUGAUCAACUCAACUGGCUGUGGAAGGAGUGUACAGCGUUGUUCCCGUCUAUAUACAUAGGUUCUGUACUAGGUUCUACAAAUUAUGGACGUCUCUUUGUCCGAAACAGGGUAAAGGAAGCGAUGCGCCUGGCGUCUGUUGGGGAUGGAUUGGCACGACCUGUUUUUGUUUAUACCCGCCCUACUUACAUGAAUCAGGUGACCCUCCUAACUCAGACUGAUCUGGUUUCCACCAUUGGUGAGAGUGUUGCACUUGGAGCUGCAGGUGUAAUCUUCUGGGGGGACACCUCCUAUGCAAGCAGCAGUGCCAACUGCUCUAUGCUGAAUAAGUAUCUACAGGGAGAGCUGGGCCGGUACCUCCUCAAUGUGUCCACAGCAGCAGAACAGUGCAGUAAGGUGGUGUGCAAAUCUCACGGCCGCUGUCAGCGCAAAAUAUCAGACAAUGACGUGUACCUGCAUCUUAGCACCUCAACACACAGCAUCACCAGUCAGGGUGGCCAGCUGAAGGUUACAGGCUCGCCCGGCCAGGCCGAGCUGGCUCUUUUCCGCACACACUUCCAGUGCCAAUGCUACAGUGGGUACAGGGGUGAGGCCUGUUCUCAGAAAGAAAAAGGCCAGAAUAGAGCCUCCUCUGUCUUCGGGACCUGGCCUCUUUGCUUUUUACUCCCACUAGGACUCCUCACUCUGCUACACUGAGGAAACUGAGAAGCCCAAACUAUUCACUGCUUCUGCCAGAACUGAAAAGGACAGCUCAGACUUUGCAACAUAAAGGGGGUAAGUUACUGUGCACCAGUGGUGAUGCUGCAUUGACAACAGCAGACAAUCAGUCCUGUCUUCAGAGAUCUCCCAGUAUGGGAGAUUUUUUUUAUCCCAGCACGCAGCAUUGGCAGAGCUCCAACCUCAGUACUAAUGUCCGUCCAUCAGUGUUGCAGCUGGUCAUUAACGUCUGUCAAAUUAUGUCAAAAAUCAGAUUUCUUCAAGGCGUCUGUCAUGCUCCAUGCUGACCCUGACCUCCAGAUGAGGGAUACUCUUUACCAUCACUACACUUUGAAUGGGACUACAGUGUAAUUAUGGGACUGUUCCCACAGAGGAUAAAAUGCCUCACAAGAAAAGGACUGCUUAACCUAAAAGUUGUUUUUUAAUGAUUAUUUAUCAUGUUUUUAUUAAUGGAACAACAUGAGGCUGAAACAAAAAGUGGAAGAAAGGUACAUUUAAAGCUCAGCGACAUCCGGCAUUGACUGUAAUAUUCUACAUUUACACGAUGCUGCCUAUUUUAGACUUUGUAGUUGGUGUCCGUUGAUGCAUUAAGCCAUUAAGUGUUAGCCUUAUGAAAUGUAAAUAGCUAAUUAUGCCAGACGGUGAUAAAUUAUGAGAAACUGAGUCUGAAAGAUAAUUUGGCUUCUAGAAACAACACGGCUGGACCUGCCUGUUUCAGUUCAAAACUGUGCCUUAACUGGAUGAUGAAGUGCUCUUUUUUUUAUGGUUGCCUUUGUUUACAAGUUGUGAUUAUUGAGGUUUUUACAGCAGUGUUUAUCUCGGCCCUCUGCUGGCCACAGUGCUUUACUUAUACAGUGCUUUAUGAACUACACAUGCCUGCCAGUUUUCUUUAAAUUAACAAGGACAAUGUAUUUAUGAAGGAAAGAGCGGACAGACCUGAAAAGACAGAAAAGAAAAUAUAAAUGUUACUAUUUACUUGCGAAUGGUGUCCUCUAAUUUAACUGGGUAUCACUGUGAAACUGAUUUUCGUAACAAAAGAAGUUACAUUUCAGCAUUCAGGUCAUACAACCUUUGCCAAAUUUGUUUUAUGGAAACAGACAGAUACCAGGAGUAUCUAACGCUACGCAGUUUGAGUCCAGCCGCUCAUUGUCAAUAUAACAGGGUUCCCACAGAUCCAUGAACACUCUUAAAAAGUAUUCAAUUCAUAGAAUAGAAAGAACUUUAUUUAUCCCAAAGGGAAAUUCAGCUGUCCAGCAGCUCAUAAAAGACAAAAGACAACAUAAAAUACAUUAGAAUAAAUGCAUAAAUAGAGAUUAAAUUAAAAUAAAAUUGUCCAUUGCACAGUCCAGUCCAGUUGUGAAAAAUUGUUAGAAUGUGUGUGUGACUGGAUUCAGGACGUAUUAACCAGUCUUUUUGCCGUGGGGACGACUUAAAAUAAGGCCUUAACUGGUGUUAAAAUGUCUUAAAUCAAUCUUUCAAAAAUAGCAAAACUGCUAAGACAUGGGAAGUAGGAUUUUAUCGGUGCAGGGCAUUACAUACGAGGCUCGGUGUAUCACGAUGGGAACUAACAUAGUGGAAUAUUACGUGCAGUGUGACAAAAAAUUGCAAAGUAAACUCGGCAACAAAUGCCAAGUAUUUCCCAGUUGUGUUUUAUCUUCGUCUUAAAAGUCCUAAAUCUAACUCUUUCCUUAUGCUGUCAGAGCUCUGUCCGAGCUGGUUCCAGAUAUACUGGUGUUGGCGUAUCUGUCGGCUGAUAAAUAUCAAAAAAUUGUACUUCAAAAAUGCCAAAAAUAUGUUUAUUCUUUUCUACAUAUUUAUAAGUACAUGUCUUGGCCACAGUUCUUUAAUAACCAAGUGAUUAUGUUUCUAUUUGUGUAUUAAAAAAAGUAUUUGACUUAAAUGUCAACAUCAGCCUCAGAAAUCCAGUGUCGCUCCGGCUCUAUACACAGUAAUCAGUCUUGUGUUUUUAAUGUGUAGUUUGACUCGCUUGCAGAUCAGCUUGUGUGGGGGUUCCUGCCAGUGACACUGUCGAUAGUAGCUACUGUAGAUACAUCUUCAUAUUAGUUUAUUGGCAAGUAAAUAUAUUUGCUGGACUGAAGCUGGCUGAGCAGUUUCAUAUUUAUACAGUAGGUUCUGUAUUUAUUCUCUGUGGCACCGCUCAGAGAAGUAUUAGCCAAAGUUAUUUAUACGGCACAUUUGCUUUCAUAAAACAUCAGAGGUAGGAAACGAAGGUUGUAGGUUGUGCUGUUUUCCACAAACUGGAUAGUGCUGCAAUAGGUUUUAUAUAUGCUGCAAACAUUUUAAAAUACUGCACUUUAGAUACUUUUUUGUUGAGGUGGAUCUGGCACCUUUUCGUGUUUAGUCUUAUAAGAAGUGAAACUCUGAUCUUUUUCUUUUCAUUCAAUGUGUCAUGUUAGAGGUUUGUUCCACUGUGAAUUUUGUCUUAAAGGAAAUGCUUCAGUGAUUGUUAUACCUCCCCUGGCUUUCAAUUCAGUUGCAUUGAAAAGAAUAAUAAUAAAAUAAGAAGUUUUA